AUUCGUCAUAUUCGUAAUUUUUUUACUGAAGAUUUUGCUUCUGAACUGACUCGAUGUCUCGUACUAUUACGUUUAGAUUAUUGUAAUUCUCCUUUCCACGGUCUUCCCUCCUACAUUUUAACUUUACUUCAAAGAGCUCAAAAUAGAGUUGUAAAAGUUGUUCUAAAUAUCAGUAAUUCAUCUUCCAGCACAUAUUCACUCAUUCAACUACAUUGA